AGUCACUAGACUGCUGUAGUUAUAUAUGCCUACUUUGAACUAUUUAUAGCCUGUUGGCUGUAUCGCUGGACCCUGCGCCGACUGUCUUGCGAAUGUAUUCGGCAGGUAUUCGGACCAGUUUUGCGAUCGGCCUAUCGAAUGCAAAAUGUUACUACUACCACAGUACCAGAUGGUGUCAUAAAAAUGUCACAGGUAGGGUUUUAUCGAUACCUAUAAAUACGGCGUGCAAUUCUCAAGGAACUUGCGACGACUGUUUCAAAGGUGUGCGUCAUGAGGGUGAGCCGGAAGGCAAGUUCGAAGAGAUAGGCGGAUUUAAGUGUUAUGUUGGCACCCCUGCUGGUGACUAUCCCAAGGACAAAGUCGUCCUAUUUUUCACGGACGUUUUCGGCUUGAAGCUGAACAACAACCUGCUACUGGUGGAUGACUUCGCUCGGAACGGCUUCAAGACAAUCGCUCCUGACAUUCUCAAUGAUGAUCCAAUCAUCGAGAUGGGCGCGUCAUUCGACCGUGAUGCGUGGUUCGUUAAACAUGGUCGUGACUCAUGGAUCCCAGUCGUAGAUGGUGUCGUUGAAGCAUUGAAGACACGGGGCGUCACUCGAUUUGGAACUACAGGAUAUUGCUUCGGUGCACCACCGGCCUUCUAUCUCGCUUUAAAGAACGAAAGCCAUGUCACGGUUCUGGCUCACCCUUCGAGACUGGAAGUCCCGGGUGAUUUCGAGAGAUACAAAGCUGAAUCGAAGGCCCCGCUCUUAAUCAACAGUUGCGAGGUCGAUAGAGCUUUCCCUCAAGAGUCUCAAGCCAUUGCAGAUCAGGUUUUGGGAGACGGGAAGUUUACUCCUGGCUAUGAGCGUUUAUACUGGAAAGGUUGUACCCAUGGAUUUGCUGUUCGUGGCGACUUGAGUGACCCCAAGAUCAAAGCCGGGAAGGAGGGAGCCUUUGAAGCAAGUGUCAAGUUUUACAAGAAGUACCUGUAGAAAUAGUGGACCAAAGGAUUGUGUACCGGAUAUGCUAUGGAAUCCUACGGUUUUUGCCAUCUUGCACGAUGAAAAUCCC